AACCAGCAGAAAUCAUGCCUUCAUUCAUUGUGACCUGCAAGCCGGAGGCGACUGAGGACCAGGUCAAAGCGGCCAAGCAGCAUGCCCGCGACCAAGGCGGCGAGAUCGGGCACGAGUACAGCCUGAUCAAGGGUUUCCAGGUCACUUAUCCUGAGGGCACUGUCCAGACGAUGGCGAGCCACGAACAUGUCCAGGACGUCGAGGAGGACAAGCAGGUCACAACCCAAUAGGGGGUGCUCAGGCUGGCCAGGGGACGGCGGUGCGGGGCAUGAUGGCGGGGCA